AUGGCUGAAGCUUUGAGCCCAUUCGUUUACUGGGGACAGAAAACUGAUCAAAUAUUUUUAAAGAUUGAUCUUAGAGACGUGGAAAAUGAAGUUGUUAAACUGACAGACUCUGGUCUAUCCUUUAAUGCAGAAGGAUUUGGAGUGAGAGGUCAGAAUUACUAUGGAAUCGACAUUGAGUUCUACCAUCCUGUUGACCCAGAGGAAAGCAAGUAUCGAGUGAUGGGAAGAUGUAUUGAGUUUCAAAUUAAGAAGAGUGGUGAUGGAGAGAUUUGGCCUAGACUUACAUAUAACAAAGUUAAGCUGCCCUGGCUGAAGAUUGACUUUGACAAGGUGGCAUAUGAGGACUCAGAGUCCGAGAAAGAAGAACAAGAGAACUCAGAACAAGCUGAUUACAUGAAGCAGCUGGAAAAGGAACUUUUAUCGGAUCGUGAUUUAGAGCCAUUUCCAGACGUUAAGACUUGCUACCUGUUUGUGUACAACCUGAUGCAGUUCAUUGGUUUUACUUAUAUUUUCACAGCACUUGCAUACAACUGUUUCAAAGAUAUAAACUAUGCAUUUUCAAAUACGCUGGAAAUUUCGGGAACACAAAUAAUGUUUGUACAAGUAGCUGCCGUCCUGGAAAUCGUUCAUCCCUUACUGGGCUGGGUGAAAUCUAGUCCAAUUCCAGCCUUCAUGCAGGUUAUGGGUCGGAACUUUGUCUUGUUUAUUGUUGUGGGACAGGAACCAAGACUUCAUGAGCAUUCAUUACUGUUGAUCCUCUUUAUGGUUUGGAGUGGUAUAGAAAUUGUACGGUAUCCAUUUUACAUACUGUCAUUGUUUGGCAAGAAGAAUGAUUUGAUCACCUGGUGUCGCUAUACUGCUUGGAUUCCCCUUUAUCCCCUAGGUUUUCUUACUGAGGCAUUAAUUGUUGUGUUGGCUAUUCCCUUCUAUGAAGACACAGAGAAAUUUUCUGUAUUCCUUCCGAAUGCUUGUAACUUCUCAUUUUAUUUCCCAUGGUUUUUAAAAACCUACUUAGGUAUAUUCAUUCCAGCGGGUUACUAUUUAAUAGGCACAAUGUAUAGACAGAGACAGAAAGCAUUGAAGUCAAUCAAACUGUUCCGGACCAAGAGGGAUUAGGAGCCUUGUUGUAUUUUCAUUCAUUAUAGUUGUAUUUUUCUUGUGAUAAU